UCUGCCUAGAUUGGGCUUGUAGCUAGCGACUAAUAUUUAAUUUUAAGGGAAAUCCUUCUUCUACUGGUUCUUGUUCUUUAAUGAUCUGAAUAUGUGUGGUAGAUAUGCCCUCGGCGUGCGCAUGGCCUUCAUGCGUCGGCGCCUCCAAGAACAAGGCCUCCAGGUCGACGAAGCUCCCUCCGAUGACGAGAUCCGAGAGACAUACAACUUCGCCCCGGGGAGCUUUGGCGCCGUCUAUCGCGCGGAUAUAUAUCCCUCCGGACACGGCGAGGAACAAAAUGAAGACGACGACAGUAGGCCUCACACUACAUCACGUACCCAGGAUAGGGCCGGAGGGAAAGACGAACAGUUGCAUUCCCAGCUCCAUUACAAAAUCCAGAGCAUGAAGUGGGGACUGGUCCCGUUCUGGACGAAGCGGAAACCGGACUACGGGUCGCUGAUGCGGACGAUCAAUUGUCGGGAUGACUCGCUGGUCGAGGAUCGCGGGAUGUGGACGUCCAUGAAGCGGAAGAAGAGGUGUGUGGUUGUCUGUCAGGGUUUCUAUGAGUGGUUGAAGAAGGGGCCUGGGGGGAAGGAGAAGGUGCCGCAUUUUGUGAAGCGGAAGGAUGGGGAGUUGAUGCUUUUUGCUGGGUUGUGGGAUUGUGUUUCUUAUGAAGGGGAGGAUGAGAAGCUCUACACGUAUACGAUUAUUACAACGUCUUCAAACCCUUACCUGAGGUUCCUUCAUGAUCGCAUGCCGGUGAUUCUUGAUCCAACUAGUGAGGCGAUGAAUAUUUGGCUGGAUCCGAAUCGGACGACGUGGUCGAAGGAACUGCAGUCUGUGCUAAAGCCGUACGAGGGCGAGUUGGAAUGCUAUCCCGUUCCCAAGGAGGUCGGCAAGGUUGGAAACAACUCCCCUGACUUCAUUGUACCGGUGAGCAGUAAGGAAAACAAGAGUAAUAUUGCGAAUUUCUUCGCAAAUGCAAAGAAAAAGACCGAGUCGGGUGUCAAAAUUGAAGGCGAUGGCAGUACGGAUCAAAAUAUAAUCAAGAACGAAGACGAUCCGCGUCCAACGAAGGGCGGUGAAUGGAGCGAGGAUAAUGCACCCAAGCCAGCAGCGGGCAUCAAGAGAGAACGCACGCCCGAGGAGCCUGGAGAGGUAGCAGAUGAGGGGAUGAAGAAACCAAAAACAGGGCCGCUCACCCCUUCGUCAAAGAAGGUCGCAGAGCAUAACCCAGUAUCGAAGCAACAGACAAGCCCUGUCGGAAAGAAGAUGCGAAGUGCUACUCAUAAUGAAAAGCCCAUGAAAAAGGUGAACGCGAAGAAAGCUGAUGGAUCUCAGCCAAUCACAAAGUUCUUCUCAAACUGAAAUAUUCUGCCUCUAUCAACGAAUAGAAUGAUAUGUGCUAUUCGGACUGUGCCCUGCAAUACUAACUCGUCAUGAGGUGAUGUGAGUUGCGAUUCGAACCAAACUGGCCUGCAGUUUAGCUAUAGUUAUCAUCAAGUUCAAUAAAAUACAGUCGAAUAAUGUACAUGGUAUCUCAAUGCGUCCGUUAUUGACUCCCCUGUUGACGCAGCCUCUGUACCAACUUUUCUCUAAGGAAUGGACUCAACCCCAAA